AUGGCGGGCCUCAGCCAGCGAACGUACCUUGGGGUUCAUGAGCGACUUUACUGUGGACGGAUGGACCGAGGAGUUUGGGCGGUUUGCACCAGAGCGACUACCCACGAGCGCCAGGGCCGGGUGACCGACUACAUCUGGGAUCAGCUAGCAGAUAUUUCGAAGAAGCCGUUCAUUGAUUAUAAUACUCUUCGCCCAGACCGGCAGCUUACCAUAAUGCAGGGGCGAUCUUCUGCUUGA